AUGACUGUGCUCGUUGAACCAUCAGUUGAAGUGGAGAAAGGUGACGGCACAACGAUCGUGAUUAAGCAGCUGAAACAAGCAAAAAACGAUGUGGACGAUAAAGGGUUGGAUUCGGAAGAAUUACUAAAGAACGGAGUGAUAAUUAACGAUGAUUCCUUCGCUUCAACCAAUACAAAACCCAUCAAAAUCGCAAUCUCAAUCCUAACUUCUAAAAUCACUCUUUUGAGAGAGCUGCUUGAACGCAUUCAUUCAGUAAAUAAUCAAGCAAAACCCGCCGAACAUCGUUGUAUUGAUCCUGUUGAAAAAUAUCGUGAUGAACGAAGCGAUCAACAUAUACGUGUUGUUGAGAUGUGUGCCGUUUUCUCGAAUGUGCUCUUCUCAAUGGUUUGGUUCACAUUAUUCGUAUUCACGGACUGGAUGAAUCUUAGUCUCAAUUACGGUGUAUCUAUUCUUGUGAUGUCGAUCUAUGCCCUUCCAGUCGUUUUACUCGGCACUCUCUUGUUGGGGACAUACGCACACGAGAAUGCACAUUAUGCACGUGAGACACGUCAGUACAAACGUGCAAUUCUGUUCGGUUUAUUCGACAUCGGUUUCGUUUGCACUUUACCGAUUGCCGUUUCGACUGGUUUCGUUAAAAUCAAAAGUUUAUUCGGUCGCAGCGAUAUUCUGGAAGGCUUCUCGUUGCUUGAUGCACUGUCGACCGUUCGAGUGAUUCCUAUAAUGAUCCUGAUCGUUGUGGUACUCGCUUCUUUCUCGUCAAUUGCAUUAAGCUCACCAAAUAAGAUCAAACGCAGAUUUUGGACUUUGGAUCGUAUCACAAAGAAUACGGUAGAAUAUGAACGCAUACAAGCGUUCUGGAUGAUCGUUCAUAUGGUGGGAAAUAUACCAACACUUGCGAUGAUACCUGAAGCGUUAACGAUAACUUUGAUGUUGGUUGCGUUGAUUGCUGUUGAACGUAUUGUGACAUUUGCGUUGAGUGGAAUUGAAGAAAGAAAACGAAACAAACUCAUCCCGCUGAUGUGUUUCAAUUUCCUGGCUGCAAUUUCAUUUGCUGUUCUCUUCUUCUUAAAUCCAUUCGCUGGUCCAUUUGCACUCGAAAUUGCAGUAGCAUUCAUUACGGUAAUCAAUCUAGUGUUAGGCGUAACACGAUGGCGAGAAUAUGGUAAGAGGAGGUCGGUCGAAGCUCAAAAUUGUCGAGUUUAA